UAGUUAUGCUCUUUCCUUUUUGUGAUUUUCUUAAAAUUCGUGUAAAACGGAAGCUGACAUUUUUGAUUCGGAAUUAUCUAAUGAGCCAUGAGGCUAAAAUUUGUGAAUUGUAAAUAGAUGAAUGUGACCUUUGGAAAAACGUUUUUGGGGAUUGGGGGGGGGCGGCGAACUAACCCUGCUCCACCACGGGCUAGUCUUGUUGUAGCCUUAUGACAGCCGGAUUUUCUGCAGGGUCUCAAUUAUUUUUUGUAUAAAAUCACAGUUAAAGUGGAAGAAGUAUAUACCCUACGUCAAUCAUGAUCUCGCUGGCGGAGCUAAAAAAACUGAGAAUUGUGCAUUUAGGCAUAGCCGUUACAUUUUUUGUAUCUGGUUUGGUGAUUAAUCUGGUGCAGUUAAUAUUGUAUGUAGGAUUGAAACCCUUCAAUGUCGUGCUAUUCAGACGCAUCAUGUAUUAUCUCUGCUAUUCGCUGUACUCACAGCUGAUUUUUGUCGCUGAAUGGUAUUCGAACAGUAAUUUAUAUUUAUACAUGGAUAAAAAUGACUUCGAGAAGUUCAGUGGCAAGGAGCACGUAAUGAUAAUACAAAAUCAUUCAUAUGAAAUCGAUUGGUUGUGCGGCUGGAUGUUCGCAGACAAAGUUGGUUGUCUGGGCAAUUGCAAAGCGUAUGCAAAGAAAGCGAUUUCUUUUGUGCCCGUAAUGGGUUGGGCAUGGAAGUUCGCCGAAUUCGUAUUUUUGGAACGUUCGUUCGAGAAGGAUAGUGAGACAAUCGCGCGUCAAUUGAAGGAAGUAUUUGCCUAUCCGGAUCCCGUAUGGUUGCUGUUGAAUGCUGAAGGUACUAGAUUUACGCAGAAGAAACAUGAAGCUUCUGUUAAAUUCGCACAAGAGCGUGGUCUGCCUUUGCUAAAGCACCAUUUGAUACCGCGUACAAAAGGCUUUACUACUAGCCUGCCCACCAUGCGGGGCCGUUGUGUAGCCAUUUAUGAUACUAGUUUAGCCUUCAAAAAAGAUGCCAAGAUUUCACCAACUAUUUCCAAUCUACUAAAUGGAUUAUCGGUCGAGGGUCACUUGUUUGCACGUCGUAUUCCGCUCGAGGAUGUACCUGAAAAUGAAGCGGCAGCAGCUGAAUGGCUACAAAAUUUGUAUCGCGAAAAGGAUCGAAUUAUUGACAGCUUUCAUGCAACAGGCAGCUUCUUUGAAACAUCCGGUUUUAAGGAAGUUCCUGUCACUAAACUUAAAUAUCGUACAUGUAGUUUGGUGAACUUUGCUCUCUGGGCUGUAUUUUCGGUAUCAUUAAUACUGUACUAUUUAGUGUCUUCAUUUUUGUCACAAAAUUGGAUUGGUCUGUCGAUCGCUAUAGGCAUACUUUUGACAAUAUACAUACUUAUGGUGAAAUCUAUUAAUAUGUCAAAAAUUAGCAAAGCUUCGUCGUAUGGCUCCGAAGCGAAAACGGAUUCAAAGUCAAAGUAAUUCAAAUGCGCUUGCUGCAAGCACACAAACCUGCGAGCGACCAUCAAUUACAAGUUUUUUGUUUGUUGUAAUACGAAAACGUAUUUAUGUAGCCAUGAUCACAAUAUGAUGUUCGUUGAAAGAACUGCAUUGGACUUAAACAAUGAAAAAGCGGACAAAGUUCAAAUGUGUUUCGUAAUUCCGUAUGAUUAUUCCACUGUACGUAUUAAAGGUUAUGUAAAUGUACUUAUUAGUAAAGUUAGUGGGAAGCCAUUAUAAUUAACUCUAUAAUGUCAUAUUAUUUUAAAUAUUCACGUUGUAUGUUAACUACACGUAAAUGACGGCGACGAUGAUGAGGACUAUGAAAAGGUCUAACCUUUCAUUUGUCAAUGCUAAAUUUUUACUCUGGAUAGCGAAAUAGGCGUUGGAAUUUGUAAAAAAAAAUUGUAAUGAUUAAAAUCCAUAAAUGGUUGAUUUAUUCUCUUUUG